UUUGUUUUCUUUUUGUUUACCUCCUUAUUCCACUUUUUAAGAUUUUCUUCCAAAUGGGUUCACAUUAAUUUUAAACAAGAAUGAGAGGCCAAGCUUGUCCUUAAGUUUACACACUUUUUUUUAAAAAAAGUUGAGUAUAGAGAUACUCAACAAAGGUAGAGAAGUAAUAUCAGCUUCACGAUGCCAGAAGAAAGGGAUGAAUUACAAACAGGCAUUAACAGUGUGGACCAGGGCAGUGUGCAAUUGUCUUCCUCUCUUUGGUACUAGGACAAGCUGCAGUUUGAGUUGAGUGUGUUCUUUCUAAUAAAAAAGGGAAGAGCAAGUACCUUUCUUUGGCCAAUGGACUUGACCAAGCUCCACUUCCCUUUGUCAUGAUGUUCUUCCUGGGUGGAAGGCAAUAGUCCGACCUCCCAAUGGCUCUUGGUCCCCUUGCUGGCGGGAGAUGCCAGAAUGUGCUUCCUUUCAGCUCUGCAGUCCCAUUUAUGAUGUGAAGAUCCCUGUUCGUGGGUGGUGCGUGGGUGUCAAGAGAAAACCCACAACCGCACGCAGGGAAUGGAGAAGGAUGAUGGUUCCGUCUGGCAGUGUUUUCUUUCUCAUUCCUUAUUAGAAUGUUUCCUCAUUUCCUUAAGCCACAAUUCAUAUUCAAACUGUGAUUUGAAGCAACAAGGAUAUAUAUAUAUAUAUGAAGAAGGGAGGAGGACAAAAGGACAGAAGGUAGCCUGCAAGCUCAUUGCUUGCUCCCAAUCCGCUAAACCAUGGUUUGGAGGAUCAGGAAUAUGAUGUCUGAAUAGAAGCUCUGAUUAUAUCUCUAGAGUGCCUGAGCAGCAGGAAUCCCGCUUCUAGUUGACAACAUAUGGCCAAUUCAGUGAUGACAUUUUAAUAGACUUCUAUGACAGAGGUGGUGUUACCCAGUGAACUGUUGUGAAAGAACUCGACAUUUUCUCUGAAAUGCCCAUGCCCCCCCCCUCCAAAGAUUAGUUUUGUGAGGCAUUCCUGAAAAAUGAAGAUUCUGGACAUUCUUCCAAUGUUCAUUUGUGAAUAUUUCAUUUUAUUCAGGCGCCGAGCGUGCCCUCCACAUUAGGCUGUCUUUUGUUCUUACUCUGGCGAUUGGCAUGUUAAGGCCCUUGUCUGAUUGUAUGGGGCUCCUUAUUUUAAUGAGGGCAAGCCUCUUUGCUUGCUGCUCCUGCCAUAUUUUCCCCUUUCUAAAAAGUCAAUGAACUCUCUCAGGCUUGUAGUUAGGACAAAGGGCUUUUUAUGCUGAAUGAAAUUUAUUCCCUGUGACCAGCUUGUGGGAAGCAUAAUACAUUCAUUAGUAACGUUCUGCUUUUUAUAUUCUGCCCUCUUUCGUAUGGCGCAGAGAAGAGAAAUAUCAACAGGAAAGGGGCAUGUGCUAUUAACAUCCAAGAGAGAAGUAGUGGAACUUCUGCACUGACAGAUAUGAUUAGUUCAGGCUAUAGCUGGGCUCUCAAACUGACUAUGGCUCAAAACCCAAAUCAACCUCUGACCUAGUCCUAAAUCUGGAGUCUAAGCAAGGAAAGUACAAUCGCCAUGCAGCAUGCAGUUCAGGUGUGGUUUGGAGAGGAUCCCCCUCUAAGUCCACGAAGUCCGCUGACUCCGAGGCAUGGCCCAGGCUUGGCAGAUGUUUUGCUCUACGACCAGUGGAUAUCUGUCCGACAUGAGGCAACUCUGGUUCCUAUGCAGGAGGACCUCUCCAUCUGGCUCUCUGGCUUGUUGGGGGUAGAACUUACAGCCGACCAAUUGUUGGAAGAUCUUGAUAACGGUGUGUUGCUAUGCUUGUUAGUUGGAGUCAUUCAAAGCACAGUAAAAGAAAUUUGUGACCCAAAUAGUUUAAGGGAUUUCCCUUUGAGAAAAGUCCCCUGUAAGAAAGAUGCGCCUUCGGGAUCCUUUUUUGCUAGGGAUAACACUGCCAACUUUCUCAAAUGGUGUCGCUGCAUUGGCGUGGAUGAGACUUACCUCUUCGAAUCUGAAGGCUUAGUUCUUCAUAAGGAUCCCAGACAAGUGUACCUUUGUCUACUGGAAAUCGGACGCAUCGUAUCAAGAUAUGGAGUUGAACCGCCUGUAUUAGUAAAACUGGAGAAGGAAAUUGAAUUGGAAGAGACCUUAUUAAUGUCCUCUGAUCCUGUUGCUCCUGCUGUCACUCCCAAGUCGUGUUGUCAACAUGGAGAACUACAUGAAGCAGUUAAGCACAUUGCUGAAGAUCCUCCUUGCAGCUGCUCCCACAGGUUUUCAAUUGAGUACCUGUCUGAAGGACGCUACAGGUUGGGAGACAAAAUACUCUUCAUACGUAUGUUACACGGCAAGCAUGUGAUGGUACGUGUUGGUGGAGGUUGGGAUACUCUUCAAGGUUUUCUACUCAAGUACGACCCUUGCCGGGUGCUGCAGUUUGCAACGUUAGAACAGAAAAUCUUGGCGUUUCAAAAAGGUGCUUCCAAUGAGAUUGUUCCCGAUUCAUCUGCUAGAGCGCCACAGCCUCCACUCAUGAAUCCCAUAUCUGUAGUGGAUACGUAUCAGAAACAGAAUUCAAAGCCCUGUACUCCCGUUUCAGAUCCAAAAACUCCACACGUAACUAACAGAAAACAGGCAGUAGCCAAGUUUCCACAAUCAGGUGGUCUUUCUUCCCCCAAAGUGACAACGUGUACGUCUCCUACAAGCCAGCUUGGACCAGGGCACACCAAGUCAAAAGGCUUAGUAGUGAAUAACAAUAUGCCAUCUUCCAAAUCUUCAGCAGCUGCAUCUAAAAAAUCAGCACCUCCUCCUCAUAAAUCAACUUCGGUUUCAAAAGUUCGGCAACCUGUAAAUAAAGGUUCCACCUCCUCUUCCUUGUUGAGAACUGCUGCAACUUCUAAUUCACUUCAGAAGCGUGUCUUGUCACCAGCCAAACUUGCACAUUCCCAGAAUUCUCCAGCUGUUUCGGAUCCUGCCCUUUUUUGUUCAGCGAGUAAGCUUUCUGAGCUACCUGGAACGAAAGCUAAAAGAGUGGCUGUAGAACAAGAUUUCGAUUCUCCUAAUAGCAGAGCUCGGCUUGAUGCUGCAGCCAAAGCUAAGCCUCUUUCAAAAACCUUAGGAAAACCUACAAGGCCAGCUGACAGAAAUCCGCAUGUCCCGAAGCCAACUUUGUCUCAACAGCCUUCUGCAAAACCAGUUCCCAAAAUCGCCACCCAAACAUUACCCGCACAAUCCCAGUCACCCAGAGGCAUGCCAGAAAUUAGCCAGGCCAAAAACAUCAAACCUGCUGUUAGCUCUGCUUUGGUUACAGAUGGUAAAUCAACACAGCUGAUGUCUUCAUUGGGACCGAGGGGUAAAAAUGCAGCCUCAUCUGUUAAGAACCAGACAUCUGUCAAAAAUGUUCAGGUCCAGAAUAGCACGGCGAGAACUCCGGUAGGAUCCAGUGUGUCAAAACAUCCAGAGCGUACCCCACUGUCCGUGGUGCGCCUUCCCCAAAAAUCAACCAAAGUCGAAACCAGGAAAAAGGCUAUGCAAAGUGCUAACAGAGGUCAAUCAGCAGUUAAAUCCUCUCUGAAUGAGAAAAACCUUCAUCCAUCCACUAAGAAUCCUCUUUCAAAAGUUAAGACUACCGCUGUAACUACCAAGGGGACACCUGGAAGCUUAAAGGACCCAACACUGAAGACUAAGCAAGAUGAUAAUUAUUUUGUUAUGAGUGGAAAUAAGAAACUCAAAAAGUUAAAAUAACUAAGGAUAUUAACUGUUGAUGUUGCCUGCUCUUCCGGUAGCUACUUCAUUCAAGUGUAAAAUGUUUAAAUAACAAUAUGGUAAUCAAGAUAUUAACUCCCUUGUCUAUAAAUGAUGUUGUUUGAUAAGCUCUGCUAAUCAGCUAAGACUGUUCACAAAUACAGUAGUACAUUGAUCUCUAUAGGGCAUCUUACUUUAGUCUGUACUCUAUGCAUCUUUAGUACAAUUCUGGCAUUCAUGUUUGAUGUGACAAAGUGUUCGUUUCUCAUGACAGAUAUUUCUGAAUGGAUCCCAUGUGCCACCUAGUAUUUUUCUUACCAGGAAAAAACAGUAAGGAGCAGGAUCCUUUAUAGGAGCCUGUAUUAGUGGGCAUCGGAAGGUACGUUUAUCAGGAAUGUGUACAAUCUCCUGAUGACAUUAGCCCUUUUAGGAGACGCUCUUGUGCAUUGAUUCAGAACUUUGUCUAAAGAUGCUUUUUAUCAAAAGUGGAAUUGGGAAAUUGAGCCUUGUAUUCUAAACACUAAUUUCAGUAAGAAUAAGAUGUGAGUAAGUUUUUUUAAAAAAAUAACAAACAAGGUAGAAGUAGCCAACAUGUGAGUAGCUUUAAAUUGGGGAGAGAUCAGAGUUAUUAUUAGUAGUAGUUUGGCUGAUCUUGAAUGCUGAACAGAAAUGGUUAGUUAGCUUUAGGGCAUAUCCCAUGCUACAGCUCUGUUCUGCGAUGGACUUCCAUACGCACAACAGACCUUCCUCCUUCGCUCCCAUCCCCUCCAGCUCCCCGCUCAAAAUCUACUCUGGCGAGUUGGGAGAGUGUCCAGAGGUGAGGGGUUUUUGGGGGGCGGGGAUGGCAGGAACAGAAGAAACAGAAGUUCUGCUGGGGCACUGGAACUACACAUGUGAAGCACUGGAUACAACCCUUCAUUUUUAAGGGGUAUUUAUUCUAAUUUAAAAGCUCUUAUGUAAGUCCCAUUUAAGCGUUCAAUAAGAACACUAAAAAUUUCUGCCUUAAAACAUAACUUCAGUGCCUUAGCACAUGAUGUGCUCUGUUGUAUCACAAGAUAUUUUAAAUAUCUGAGUUCAGACGUGUGCCCUAGUUUAUUCAUGUGGGCUGAGUUCAAGCCUGUGCUGAUCUCAGCAGGGCUUAAGCAAAUGAAACUCUGGGUCUGAUUGCACAGGAACAAUUUAAUGAACGCUGGUGCUUUGUAACUCUUCUGCGUGUCAGUCUUCUGAGGCGAGUGGAGCUUGUGCAGCCACAGUGCUUAAUGGAUUGCAUGCUUAAAAUGCAUUAGCCAAACCUCCCUAUGGGAGGGAAAACACCCCGUAGAAUUCUAGGAAAAAUGCUUGUGUCUGCAGAAGUGGGCGAGCAACCUUCAGAUAAUAUGAUUUACAUCUGUAAGCACAAUUCAAAUGCCUUUCAAAUAAGCUGCCUACGUCGUUUUUUAAUAUUUAUAUUGCACAUUACUUCAUGCUAGCUGCAUAAUUCAUUCCUUGUUGCAUUUAAUACAGCAUAACCUGCCAUAUGCAGCAAACUUUGGAGCGGAAGAAGCUUGAUCUAAGUGUCUUCAGUACAAAGCUGUACAAUUAUCAAGCAAGAUAGUAUUAAUGGCAUGUGUAUACCAGCUUGUAUACACCUGUACUUCCUAAAGCAGUAUUUUUUAGACAUUUACCUUUUUUGAAAAAACCCCAACAACUUCGCAGUUCCUUCUCCAUAGAUUCCCCCCCCCCAAAAAAUGUAGGCAUCAGGAAAAAUCACUUUCUCACAAAACUGUCUGCAUGUUGCACUGCCUAAUAUCAAAUCAUGUCUUUAAUUGCAAAGUACAUUGCGAACCCAGGUGAAAUUGAUCUUGAGAUAAUGGAUUCUGCCCAAAAUCACAAAUUAGUAAACCAUUAUUGACUGAAGUGGAAAUAAGCAGCCACGCACCCCCCACCCCCACCCCUCUCUUCACAUCUGCUGUAGCUGCACUUAAAAAAGAAACGCCUGACUAGAUGAGGCAGAAUGCAUGUCCCAUUGAAAACAAUGCUGUGUAGACAAAAUAUAUCCACAGUUAGCUUUACAUUCUAACAGUGCGCUGCCAGUUUAAAUUCCUCCUUGAUUCUGUACAUGAUAAUUCCACAGGAACGUGUCUAUACACACCCUUCCCCUUAGCUGCUUUGGAGUGACUAGUUAUAUAUGGCACCUAUAUAGCUCUUACAUAUACGGCAGUGGUUGGGAGACAAAGUAACUGUUGUGCCUGAAAACUACUUUUUAUUUAUUGGAAAACAGCAGUGAAAGAGGUAUUCACACAAGUCAGUGUCCGAUCUUUACUGGCCAUAACAUGAAUAUUCAUUUCUGUACUACCAGUUUCUAUUAUUUAUGGAUUUUUGUAAGUCAAUAAACUGCUGCAAUCUAUGAGAAACGUG